AUGCCAAUAUCAUCGAAGGGUGAACGGUUUUUGAAAUUAGGUGCUGCGGCGACAGUACUGAUUAUUACCCUAUGGGUGUUCUUUAAAGGCGCCGACCUCACUGAUACUACUAAGGAUGUUUGGAUUCCAAGUGAUACUGUUAAAGGGUCAACCCUUCGUUAUCAUUUAGCUCCUUCUAGCCCAAGGAAGUAUAAGGAAAGAGAAAAGGCAACCUUUGUUACUUUGGCUCGUAAUGGGGACUUAUAUUCGUUGCUUCCCGCUAUUUUGAAUAUGGAAGAUAGAUUUAACAAAAAGUUUCAAUACGAUUGGGUGUUUUUAAAUGACGAGGAGUUUUCAGAUGAGUUCAAAAGGGUUACCAGCGCCCUGGUUAGUGGAGAGGCUAAAUAUGGCCUCGUGCCAGAAUCACAAUGGUCAUUUCCAUCUUGGAUUGACCAAGAGCGUGCGGCUGAAGUACGUAAGGAAAUGCAGGAGCAGAGAGUGAUAUAUGGGGAUUCCAUUACUUACCGUUAUAUGUGCCGUUAUGAGUCUGGCUUUUUCUACCGUCAUCCACUUCUAAUGGACUACGACUGGUACUGGAGAGUGGAGCCGGACGUGAAGUUCUAUUGUGAUAUAGACUACGAUGUGUUCAAAUUCAUGCGUCAGAACGGCAAGAAGUACGGUUUUGCGAUAUCAAUUCACGAGUACGAGCUCACCGUUAAGACGUUAUGGGAUAGCGUGACUAAGUUUUUGAAGGAGUAUCCGCAGUAUCUCCACCCCAAUAAUAUGCUAAACUUCAUAUCUGACGACGAGGGUAGCAGCUAUAACAUGUGCCACUUCUGGUCGAACUUUGAAGUCGGUUCAUUGGACUUCUGGCGUGGUGAAGCCUACAGCAAGUUCUUCGAUUUCUUAGACCAUGAGGGCGGAUUCUUCUACGAACGUUGGGGUGAUGCGCCAGUGCACUCAAUUGCUGCAGCGCUCUUCCUCGACCGUAAUGAAAUCCACCACUUCAACGACAUUGGCUACUACCACCCACCUUUCACGCAGUGUCCUAUAGAAGAGAAGGUGCGUAAAGGACGCAAUUGUGCCUGCGACCCAAGAACCGACUUCACCUGGAAGUCUUUCUCAUGUACUCACAAAUACUACCUCGCUAAUGACAUGGUCAAGCCUGAAGAGUGGUACAAGUACAGUCAAUAA